AGAAGCACAGUUCAUUGUUGGCCAGUCCCAAUGCCUCUCGCCGAGGAGUGAGGGAAGCGUCAGCUCUGCAGCACGAUCACAUUCCAGGGUCACACAAAAGGGAUCGCUGCUGGAUCCUCCUAUAUGCUGGGAUCUGGCCCCUGAUCCUCUCCAAGCCGCAGUUCGGGAUCACUCACAAGGGGUGUGCAAUGGCAGACCAUAUCAUGGCUAUGAAUCAUGGUCGUUUUCCAGAUGGAACCAAUGGGCUUCACCACCACCACCCUGCUCAUCGGAUGGGAAUGGGGCAAUUUCCGAAUCCUCACCAUCAGCAACAGCAACAACAACUUGCAUUUAACAGCCUGAUGGGAGAGCACAUGCACUACAGCACAGGGAAUAUGAACUCCAGCAAUGGCAUCAGACACGCCAUGGUCGCCGGGAAUGUAAAUGGUGGGCAUCCGAAUAGCAGCAUGGCAUCGGCUGCCAGGUUUAACAAUUCACAGUUCAUAGGAACCCAUGUUACAAAUCAAGGAGCUCCGCUUACUGCUAGCAUGCAACUCCAGAAGCUGAACAACCAAUAUUUUACACAUCAUCCUUACCAACACAACCACUAUAUGCCAGAUUUGCAUCCUGCAAAUCAUCAGAUAAAUGGGACAAACCAGCAUUUCAGAGACUGCAAUCCAAAGCACAGCACUGGCAUGCCUCAGUCGGUGAGCCACGUCCCUGCAGCAAUGCUGCCUCCUAGUGUUAUAGACACGGACUUUAUAGACGAGGAAGUUCUAAUGUCCUUGGUGAUAGAAAUGGGUUUGGAUCGUAUUAAAGAACUACCAGAGCUAUGGCUGGGACAGAAUGAAUUUGAUUUUAUGACAGACUUUGUUUGCAAACAGCAGCCCAACAGAGUGAGCUGUUAAGCCUGGGAUGAAAAAUACAAAAAAAAUUUAUUAAAAAACUUUGAACAUUCCUCCUUGGACAUCGAAUCUUGCUUCCAGAGUCCACUAUUAAUCUGUACAGAAUAUAUAUUACCUCCCCCCCCCCCUCCUUUGAUUCCCACCUUUUUAUUCCUGACUCCCCUCCCCAUCUGCCUUGUUAAUUGAGCCACCAUUUCAGCGAAUAGGGUGUUUCAGCAGAUUUGUCUCUUGUCUCAAGUCGUCCAUGUAUGCCGUUUUGACAGAAGUCCAUUUCACUUUGUUUCUUUGAACUGCAUCAACAUCAGAGAAAAUUGUUGGUUGCAUGAACCUUGACAGCAGGCCUAUCACUGCACUAAUGCUGCCAUCUUGCUUCAGUUAACCUAUGCAUUGCUGUGCACCUUUUUUUUUGUUUUUUUGUUCUAACUGGAAUUUUUAACAAAUAUGGGCCACGCCUUGCUGGAUCAGGAGAAGUCCUACUGUUAAAAUUAUAUAAAUUUUUUAUUUUUUUCCUUGUGUUUCACCCAUGUACAUACGACAAGAAGGGUGGAAUGUAAUCGGUGUAAAACAUUUCACAAAUGUGUUUGUUUUUUUUGUUGUUUUUUUUUCUUCCCAAAAAAAUGUUUGACACUGUGCUAAUAUAGUUACUUUAGUUCAUGGAAAAUACUACUGUGUUGAAAGCUUUUUAGGAAAUUUUGACAGUAUUUUUGUAUAAAACCUUUUUUUUUGAAAAAAUACUUGUUAAUUUAUUCUAUUUUAAUUUGCCAAUGUCAAUAAAGAGCUGCAACGUGCACUAUUCUA